CUUGCAUCUGUUACAAGAACGAACAAGUAGGAACACAGUCAAAACUUUUCAAUAUCAUUUUAACUUGAUUUUGUGAAUUAAAAAUCGGAGAAAUAAUGAAGCUCACUUUGAAACGCUACUCCUUUCUGUUAUGUUUUCAAUUUUCCUUUUUAUUGGCGGAUCUAUUUUUCAACACAUUCGCUUCAUUUAUGUUACGCGAAAAACUCCCAUUGACUACCUUGAUGUUUGUUACACAAGACGUCUUUAUUAUUUGCGAGUAUUUAUUCUUUACAUACGCUGUGCACUCGACCUGUGUUUAUAAGGUUGGAGCUUCGCACAUCAUCCUGAGAAAUUGUAAAUUUUUCCUAUUUACCAUUUUAACAUAUUUUUUGCUAUCAGCUUCUCAACAUUUUUGGAUCAUUUACAACACAGUGUGGCAACCAACCGCAGAAUGGCCUAGUACAUUGACAGCUUUGGUUUUUAUGCAAAGAAUAGUGUCCGUGUUUUACUAUUAUACUUCUAAACGAACAGCACUUUCUAUGUCCGAUCCACGUUACUCUGAAGACAACAUCGACUGGAUUGCUGAACAAUUGAGUGACAAAUAAGAUGCCAGCUGCUGUCCCUAGUUGAGCUUUAAGCAAAAACAAACAUGUCAAUGGUGAGAGGCUGAUAUCGAUAAUGAAUAAUAAAAAUAUUGUUAUUAAAUUAUUAAAAGUGUGAUAGCGCUGGCAGUA